AUGCAUUACUUUCGCACGAGCGAGAAGCUGUCGGCGCACAGCGAGGAUUGCGGCAAGCUGAACGAUUGCGCGAUUGUUCUUCUCGGCGAGGACGACAGGUGGCUGGAGUUCGAUCAUCAUUCGAGAAAGCGAAUUCCGUUCAUGAUGUACGCCGAUCUGGAGUGCACGUUGGAGAGGAAGGAGGGGGACGAAGGCGGGAGAACCAAGAAUACGAGGAUCGUUCAGCAUCACAGAGUUCACAGCGUGGCCUAUUACACGCGUUGCUCCUUCGACGACGCCGCGUCGGCGUACGGAUCUUAUCACAGCGAGGAUUGCGUCGCGUGGUUCGUGCGCGAGUUGCGCGAUCUGGCGCUUCGCGCGAAGGUCGCCCUCGGCGCCAUGGUACCGAUGGCGGAUCUGACGUCGGACGAGCGGGAGAUAUUCGCGAGCGCGUCGCGCUGUUACGCGUGCGAGAGACCGUUCGAGGCCGAUGAUGCUCGCGUGCGCGAUCACUGUCACUUGACCGGCGACUUCAGAGGUCCGGCGCAUUCCGCGUGUAAUUUGAAUUACAAGGACCCCUACGUCAUACCCAUAUUCUUUCACAAUCUAUCGGGUUACGACGCGUACUUCAUUAUCAAGGAUGUGGCUAACGUGUAUCCCGGCAGCGUCGAGUUGUUGCCGGUGACGAAAGAAUCGCACAUAGCUUUCUCGAAGACCGUUCGAGAUACCGCAGCGGCGGAGGGAGACGGGGGAAACGCCGCGCGUUCCAGAUACGUCAAAUUACGAUUCGUUUUUAGGCGUCGCGUCGAGAGAUUGCGGGAGACACGUCUCCUGCCGCGCGAGUCCUUCUACAGUUCCCUGAUCGGCAAUACCGUAUCGGAGAGCGAUUACGCGCACGCGACGCGCGUCUGGAAGCGAUUUAGCGUCGAAACCCUGGGCGAGUACAGCGAUCUCUAUCUGAAGACCGACGUUCUUCUGCUCGCGGACGUGUUCGAAAAUUUUCGCGCCGCUUGUUUGGAGAAUUACGGUUUAGAUCCCGCGUAUUACUUCACGCUGCCGGGAUACACGUGGGACGCGAUGCUUAAGUACACGGGGGUCCGUUUCGAACUGCUCAUCGAUAUCGAUAUGAUGAUGUUCGUGGAACGCGGAAUACGCGGCGGUCUGGGUCAGUGCUCUAACAAAUACGCUCGCGCUAACAACAAGUACAUGAGCACGUACGAUCCGUCGAUCUAUCUGAUGUAUCUCGAUAUCAAUAAUCUGUACGAUUGGGCGAUGUGUCAGCCGUUGCCGUAUGAGCGAUUCGAGUGGGACGACGAUCUCGAGAGUCUCGACGUGAUGUCCGUGACGGAGGACUCGAUCGUCGGCUACAUUCUCGAGGUCGAUCUCGACUAUCCGACGCCCACGACGCCCACGCUGAUCUACCGUUUUGUCCCACGCGCGAUAAGCCGCCGGGGAAGCGGCAGAGCAAACUCCUAG